CCAUUUCGAGGGGUAAAAGACUCCCCACGCGGAGGGGAGGCGGCGGCGAGGGUUUUGCAAUGGAGAGCGGCGACGAGACGUUCGCUUCCCCCACGGCCGGCGGCGGCGUCGGCGGCGGCGGGGAGUUCGAGCAGCCGCUGACCAACGGAGGGGCCGGCGGCGGGGUGUACCCGGCCGGCAAGGCCUACGACGCGGGGGAGAUUGACGCGCUGCGCGAGGCGAAGCGCGACCUGGAGGAGAAGCUCGCCGCCGUGGAGCACGAGAACCGCUUCCUCGCCGCGGAGGCGUACCGGCUCGAGGGGCUGGUGUCGCAGGCGAGGGAGGACAUCGCCACGGCGGAGCACGCCGUGGCCGCCUCCGAGGACGAGGCCGCCUCGCUCCGCGACGAGAUCAAGCGCGUGGGGGAGCUGCUCGCCGCCGAGAGGUCCGCCCGCGAGGCCGAGGUGCGGAGGGGUGCGGACCUCGACGCCGAGAUGCGGAGCGUGCAGAAGGAGGUGGCGGCCCUCGAGGAGGAGCUCAGGGCCCUGAGGGCAUCCGCCGCCGCCGAUGCAGAGAAGGAGAUUGCUGCUCCCUCGGUGACAGUGCCUCCUAAGGAAGCUGAGGUAGCUUAUCAAGGGGUGAUUGCAGCUGCUGCCGCUGGAUUCGCCGCUGCGGCCGUCGUUGGCAUGGUCGUCCUCCACCUGAAGAGGUAAUCUGGUGCUGUGAUGCGUCACAAGUUUUGCUCUGCUGCUAUGGCUUCACGAGAUUGGAUGACCCCCUCUCCCGUAGUACACUAGUACUACUUUAAUAUUCCUGUGAGGUAGCAGCUUAGAGAGUCAUAUAGUGCUGGAGACUUACCGCGUGCCUGUUUUGAUUCCGCAUUUUCACAUGGUAAUAAAAAUGUGAAAGACAAGUGAGAGUGAGACAUGUGAUUGUGUUAUGUUAUUUUGGUGCUGUACUGAUGUCUAAUUCCCAAUGCAUCCCUGGAUUGUUGUGCUGUUUGUUUGUUUCA